AUUACAUGCAUCAUGCGUUGAAACGGAACGCAGCCAAGAAUACAUUUGCCUACUGUCGCAUUAAAGAUCCUGUGUGCAUCUCGUUGUGUCAAUAUAAAAAUUUAUAUUCGUGCGCCAUUUAACACACGAGUUGUCAUCCGCUGAAAGUACAGGAGUACAGCAUACAAACAUCAAACGUCAACAAAAAUUAACAAAAAUGGCGCUGGUCUAUGCGAGACUUCUCUGCCGGCGUAAUGUCGAUUUUCGACAUUUUCGAAGCAUUUAUACGUGUAGCCCUCUCAGCUCUGCGGUUUCGAAACCAUUAUUUACAAGUAUAACUUGCGAAACCCAUGAUGAGAAGAACAAGCGUCUGAAAAGACCUAUGUCGCCGCAUAUGACCAUCUAUCAAGUUCAGUUAACAUGGAUGCUUUCGUUGUCGCACCGCACUACUGGCAUUAUACUCGCUAGUUACGCAGCGUUCCUUGGUUUAGGAACGUUGUGUAUACCAGGUGGUAUUCCCUGCUUCAUAGAAGUGGUGAAUAAUUUAUGUUUGCCUUCACCUGUACUGUUCGCUGGUAAAACCUUGCUCGCUCUACCUGUUACUUAUCAUACAUUCAAUGGAAUACGUCAUUUGGCUUGGGAUGUAGGAAUGUUUCUAACGAUUAAGGAUGUAUACAGCACUGGAUACGUAGUGUCAGCAUUGUCAGUAAUCUCUGCACUUAUUCUAGCAGCAAUGUAAGAAUUGUACAUUCAUCAAGAAACAAUUGUUUAAAAUUAGUUGUAUCAAAUAAUGUUCCAAUUAUAUUGUAUUGAAUUAAUACCUUAAUUACAGGAAAAAUAAUUUAUUAAAACUAA